UGUGCCGGCUGUAGGGGCGGGGCCUGGAGCUGUGACGUGUAACAAUGGACCCGGUGCUGUACAUUGUAGCGGCUCUUCUCCUGGCCGUACUUCUCUACUUCACUGCCAGGAUCCGGGGACACACCGAGCAAGCUGACCAUGAGGACCAACAGAAUGUGGUGGCAGCAGCCGCGGCCAGACCGCGUUUCCAGCCAGAGGAGAGGGGGGAUGGAAUGCCACGGAGAAGGAUGAACAGGGGCAUGAUGGCCCAGAGGCAAGCACGGCGUAUGGAGGAGGAGAGAGAAGGUACCAAAUGA